GCAGUCCUUUUUAACGCGUAUUCACUCAAACGUGGGUUACCACUAUAUAUAACCCUCUUAUUUCCCUUCCUCAAAUUAGCAGAUGCAAAAAAAAAACUUUACAUCUGCACAAAAUUUCCCCCAUUUUCUUCUUCUUCUUCUUCUUCUUCUUCUUUUUUUGUUUCUUCUAACAAAAAUCCCCAUUGAAUUUUGUCAUUCUUGAAAAAAUGCCCUCUCUUGAAGACGAACUUUUCCCUUCCACGCCCGGAAAGUUCAAGAUCGACAGAAACCAUCCCAUGAACCGUCAAUUCCACCGCUGUUUCGCCUCCACCAGCACCAUGUUCUUAUGGGCUCUCUUCUUAAUCGCUCUAACCGCUUCCUAUUUAAGUUUCCAAUCCUUCGUCGACUCCGGUAGCCGCUAUUUCUCCGCUUCUUGGGGUGGCAUCCAAUGGGAAAAACAAGUCCGUGUUUCCGCUCAACCCCACCGUGCCAACGGCUUCUCGGUCCUCGUCACCGGCGCUGCGGGGUUCGUGGGUUCACACGUUUCACUGGCUUUAAAGAAACGCGGUGACGGCGUUGUGGGUCUUGACAAUUUCAAUUCUUAUUACGACCCAUCGCUGAAAAAGGCACGGAAAUCGCUUCUCUCCAAUCACGGGAUUUUCGUCGUUGACGGCGAUAUUAACGACGUUAGAUUAUUGGAUAAACUCUUCGAUGUCGUCGUUUUUACUCACGUGAUGCAUUUAGCCGCACAAGCUGGAGUUCGUUACGCUAUGGAAAAUCCAAAUUCCUAUGUUCAUAGUAAUAUCGCCGGUUUAGUUACGCUUCUUGAAGCUUGUAAAUCGGCUAACCCACAACCGGCCGUGGUCUGGGCUUCUUCCAGUUCGGUUUACGGGCUUAACGAGAAAGUCCCCUUUUCCGAAUCGGACCGAACCGACCAACCCGCAAGUCUUUACGCGGCUACGAAAAAAGCCGGGGAGGAAAUUACGCAUACGUAUAAUCAUAUAUAUGGGUUGUCGAUUACCGGGUUGAGGUUUUUCACGGUGUAUGGACCUUGGGGAAGACCGGAUAUGGCGUAUUUUUCGUUCACGAGGAAUAUAUUACAAGGGAAGCCGAUUACGGUAUUCCGAGGGAAGAACCGGGUGGAUUUGGCGAGGGAUUUUACUUACAUUGAUGAUAUUGUGAAAGGGUGUUUGGGUUCGUUAGAUACGUCGGGGAAGAGUACGGGUUCCGGUGGGAAGAAAACCGGACCGGCGCCAUAUAGAAUAUUCAAUUUGGGGAAUACGUCGCCGGUAACAGUGCCGACGUUGGUGAGUAUUUUGGAGAGACAUUUGAAGGUGAAAGCGAAGAAGAAUGUGGUGGAAAUGCCAGGAAACGGCGACGUUCCGUUUACUCAUGCGAAUAUUAGUUCGGCUCGGAGGGAACUCGGGUAUAAACCGACCACUGAUUUGCAAACCGGGUUGAAGAAAUUUGUUAGAUGGUAUUUAUCCUAUUAUGGCUAUAAUCACGGAAAACCCGUAAAUUAAAAAAAUAUAUAUUUUACUUCCUUUUUUUUUUUUUUGGAAUUUCUCUCUCUUCUCUCUUAAAUUAGGAAUGAGAUGGGGUAAAAAGUAAAGAUGGGUUUUUUCUCUCUUAUAUAUAUAAAUAUAAUUCGGAGAAAAAGAAAGGAAAAAAAAAAAGAAUAUUCUUUACUUGAAGGGAUUUUUCCCUUUUAUUUUCUUUCGUCUCACUAUGUACUUUUCUUUUUAUUUUUGUGUAAAGGAAAAGAAAGCUGUUGAAGAUAAUGGUGACUGUGCUUUUUUAUA